GAAGGCCACCAUGCUGUUCUUGUCAAGCCUGGGCCUUCUAUCGGCCACAGAAUUCCUCCUUGCCGCUGUUGUUUUCUGCUUCAUCUUCACGGCCAUCAAAUCCUCCUGGAAGCGGAUACCGCGAGGACUCAGGGAACUCCCCGGGCCUGCGGGCUACCCGUUGAUCGGCAGCGUUCUGGAGAUGGGGAAGAACCCCCACCUGAGCCUGACUCGGAUGAGCGAGAAAUACGGGGAUGUGAUGAAGAUCCGUAUCGGCACGAGGCCCGUGUUGGUGCUGAGUGGGCUGGAGACCAUCAAGCAAGCCUUGGUGAAGCAAGGAGGAGACUUCAUGGGCCGCCCUGACCUGUAUACCUUGCGGCAUAUUACAGAUGGCCAGAGUAUGACCUUUAGCACGGAUUCUGGGGCGGUGUGGGGGGCCCGCAGGAAGCUGGUCCAGAAUGCCUUGCGGAAUUUUGCUUCUGCUCCCAGCCCUGGUUCGUUGUCUUCCAGUCUGCUGGAAGAACACGUCUCCAAAGAGGCAGAACGCCUGGUCAUGAAACUGCAACAGGUGAUGCAGGAAGAGCGGAGACUUGACCCCUUUCAGUACCUCGUGGUCUCUGUGGCCAAUGUGAUUUCCACCAUAUGCUUCGGGAAGAGCUACAGCUACGACGACCCGGAACUGCUCAGCAUUCUGAACGGCAAUGAAGAUUUUGUGGAAGUCGGCUCCUCGGGGAACCUCGUCGAUUUCAUUCCCUUGCUUCGACUUCUCCCGAGGAACAACAUGAAGAAGUUCAAGGAAUUCAGUCAACAGUUCGAUGUUUUCCUGGACACGAUUGUUAAAGAACAUUAUGAGAGUUUCAGUAAGGACAAUAUCCGGGACAUCACAGACUCCCUCAUUGACCUCAGCCAAGAAAAGGACAAAAAUAUGAAGAUUCAGAUCCCCACUGGAAAAAUAAUGAACCUCGUUAGUGAUAUUUUCGGAGCAGGUUUCGACACAGUGACCACAGCCUUAUCCUGGUCUCUUGCAUACCUUGUGGUUUAUCCCGAAAUUCAGAAGAAGAUUCAGGAAGAAAUAGAUGAAACCAUUGGCAGAGAGAGGAAGCCAAGACUGUCAGAUCGGCCCCUUCUGCCUUAUACAGAAGCCUUUAUUCAUGAAGUGUACAGACAUUCCUCCUUCUUGCCUUUCACAAUCCCCCACUGCACAACCAGAGACACCGCCUUGAAUGGCUACUACAUCCCCAAGGAUAUGUGCGUCUUUGUCAACCAGUGGCAAGUCAACUACGAUAAGGACCUUUGGCAGGAUCCUUCCACCUUCACGCCGGAGCGUUUCCUUACCGCCAAUGGGAAGGCGCUCGACAGAGACGAGUGCGAGAAGGUGCUGGUAUUUGGUUUGGGCAAGAGGAGAUGCGCCGGAGAGACCAUCGGCCGCUCGGAAGUCUUCCUCUUUGUGACUACUCUGCUCCAGGAGCUCCAGUUCUCGGUCGAAGCUGGGGUCAAAGUGGACAUGACACCUCGCUACGGGCUGGUCAUGAAGCUGGAGAGAUGCAAACACUACCAAGUGACCAAGCGCUCCCCCAAGAGGCCCGCCGAGUGAAUUGCAAAGUCUAGUUAUGGAGAGGAAAGGACAUUGGGACAGAUAUAUACCCCUGCAUGCUCCGGACUGCGCAAU